UCAAUAAUACGUAAUAAAUAAUUUCGAGCUUCCAAAACCCUAUACUCAAAUCUGCCGCUGCCUUUUAUCUUCUGCCGUCAAUCAACAGCAGUGGCGUCUCAUUUGAUACGAGUUGCUCUUCGUCCCUCCAAAUCCCUCUUUUCUGUUUAUUUUCCAAUUUCUCACUUCAUUCCUAGAAAUUCGAGUUUUUGUGUGGUAGCCGGAAAGGAUAUGUCGGAAGAAACUGGAAAAAGCUUUGCUCGAAGGGACCGUCUGUUGGAGAUCGAGUCACAGGUCCAGAAAUGGUGGUCCGAGGGUGAUGUGUUUCGUGCUGACGCGAAGGACUCCCCACCCAAAGCCGGGGAGAAGUUCUAUGGCAACUUUCCAUUCCCUUACAUGAAUGGGCAUCUCCACUUGGGGCAUGUAUUUUCCCUUUCGAAGCUUGAAUUUGCUGCAGCCUAUCAUAGAUUGAGGGGUGCUAAUGUGCUGUUGCCGUUUGGUUUCCAUUGUACUGGGAUGCCGAUUAAGGCUUCUGCCGAUAAGCUCGAUAGGGAGAUUGAGAAGUUCGGAUACCCACCUGCGUUUCCAGUUGUCAAAGAUGAGGAAGUUGCUGUGCCAGAGGCAAAGCCCGAGGGUGAGAAUGAAGGAGGGCAAAAUCAAGCAGGUGGUAAGUUUAAGGGUAAGAAAUCAAAGACUGUUGCUAAGACUGGUGUUGUGAAGUACCAAUGGGAGAUUAUGCAGAGCUAUGGUCUGACUGAUGAGGAGAUAGCCAAGUUCACAAACUCAUAUCAUUGGCUGACCUUUUUCCCCCCUCUGGCUAUAGAUGAUUUGAAGGCUUUUGGGUUGGGAUGUGAUUGGAGGCGCACAUUUAUCACUACGGAUAUAAAUCCAUAUUUUGAUUCUUUUGUUAGAUGGCAGAUGAGGAAGUUGAAAGAAAGGGGUAAGAUUGUGAAGGACUUGAGAUAUACUAUAUAUUCACCAUUGGAUGGUCAGCCCUGUGCUGAUCACGAUCGAGCUUCUGGGGAAGGUGUUAUCCCGCAGGAGUAUACUCUCAUAAAGAUGGAGGUUGUUUCACCUUUUCCACCUAAGAUGAGUGUUCUGGAGGGGAAGAAGGUGUACCUUGCGGCUGCAACUUUGAGACCAGAGACAAUGUAUGGGCAAACAAAUUGUUGGGUGUUACCAGAUGGAAAGUAUGGGGCCUAUGAGAUUAAUGACACUGAUGUGUUUAUUUUGACAGAGAGAGCAGCUCUAAAUUUAGCUUACCAGAAGCUGUCUCGUGUUCCUGAGAAACCUACUUCCUUGGUCGAGUUGACUGGCCAGGAUCUUAUCGGCUUGCCUCUGAGAUCCCCGUUGGCUUAUAAUGAUGUUAUAUACACUCUACCCAUGUUAUCAGUGCUUACGGACAAGGGUACCGGAAUCGUCACCAGUGUUCCGAGUGAUUCUCCUGACGAUUACAUGGCUCUCCAUGAUUUGAAGGCAAAGCCGGCAUUCAGAGCCAAAUAUGGUGUGAAGGAUGAGUGGGUUGUGCCGUUUGAGAUCAUACCCAUCAUCCACCAUCCUGAUUUUGGUGACAAGUCUGCUGAGAAGAUAUGCAUUGAGAAAAAGAUAAAAAGCCAGAACGAGAGAGAGAAGCUCGAUGAGGCCAAGAAAAUAAUCUACAAGGGAGGGUUCUAUGAGGGAACCAUGAUUGCUGGAGAGUAUGCUGGAAUGAAAGUUCAGGAGGCUAAAAGUUUGAUUAGGGCGAAGCUUCUAGAGCUGGGGCAAGCUGUGGUUUACAGCGAGCCUGAAAAGAAAGUCAUGUCAAGAUCCGGGGAUGAGUGUGUUGUUGCGUUGACUGAUCAGUGGUACAUCACAUAUGGAGAAGAAGAAUGGAAGAAGGCUGCAGAGGAAUGCUUGGCUGGGAUGAAUCUAUACUCAGAGGAGGCACGCCACGCCUUUGAGCACACCUUGAGCUGGCUGACUCAAUGGGCUUGCUCACGAAAUUUUGGGCUUGGAACUCGUAUCCCUUGGGAUGAGGACUUCCUGGUGGAGUCUCUGUCUGAUUCAACUCUUUACAUGGCAUAUUACACGGUAGCUCAUAUUCUGCAGGGAGGCGAUAUGUAUGGAGGCAACCGGUCUUUAGUGAAGCCAGAGCAGCUGACUGAUGAGGUGUGGGAUUUCGUGUUUCUUAGCGGUCCCUAUCCUAAAUCCUCAGAUCUUUCUUCAGCUCUUCUUAAUAAGAUGAAGCAAGAAUUCGAGUACUGGUAUCCUUUUGAUCUUAGAGUUUCAGGGAAGGAUCUGAUUCAGAAUCAUUUGACCUUUUGUAUUUAUAAUCACACUGCAAUCAUGCCCAAGCAUCAUUGGCCUAAGGGGUUCAGAUGCAACGGUCACAUUAUGUUGAACGCUGAGAAAAUGUCAAAGUCGACCGGAAACUUCAGGACAGUUCGUGAAGCUAUUGAAGAGUUUUCAGCUGAUGCCACGAGAUUUUCACUUGCAGAUGCAGGUGAUGGAAUGGAUGAUGCUAAUUUUGUUUUUGAGACAGCAAAUGCUGCAAUUCUGCGUCUGACAAAAGAGAUUGCGUGGAUGGAGGAAGUCAUUGCUGCAGAGUCAUCCCUGAGAAGUGGCCUGCCUGCUGUGUAUGCUGAUCAUGUCUUUGCUAAUGAGAUAAACAUAGCAGCCCAGGUGACGGAUAAGAACUACAAUGAGUGCUUGUUCCGGGAAGCUCUGAAGACUGGCUUCUACGAUCUUCAGGCAGCGAGGGAUGAGUAUAGGCUUUCUUGUGGGGCAGGAGGAAUGAACCGUGACUUAUUAUGGCGAUUUAUGGAUGUCCAGACACGCCUUAUCGCCCCAAUUUGCCCACAUUAUGCUGAAUACGUCUGGAAGGAGCUUCUGAAGAAGGAUGGAUAUGUGGUGAAAGCUGGGUGGCCUAAGGCCGAUGCACCUGAUCUCACCCUAAAGAAAGCCAACAAAUAUUUGCAGGAUUCCAUUGUCUCCAUGAGGAAGCUUAUGCAGAAGCAGGCUUCUGGUUCAAAGAAGGGUAAAGCUAGUGCGCCGGCUGUCCAGAAUAAGCCCACAGUCUGCUUGCUAUUUGUAAACGAGCAGUAUGACGGGUGGAAGGAGGAGUGCUUGAACAUACUCCAGAGGAAAUAUGAUGCUGCAACCGGCAACUUUGCACCCGACCAAGAGAUCUUAGCUGAGUUGCAGAAGAGUGAAGUUGGCCAGUCGGGAAAUUUCAAGCAAAUACAGAAGCUGUGUAUGCCGUUCUUGAGGUUCAAGAAGGAUGAAGUGAAGGCUGUUGGUGUCCACGCGUUGGAUCUGAAGCUACCCUUUGGCGAGAUUGAGGUUCUGAGGGAGAAUCUUGAACUGAUUCAGCGGCAGUUGGGGCUUGAACGCGUAGAGGUCUUGUCUGCAGCGGAUGCUGAUGCUGUUGCGCGUGCCGGGAACCAUGCCGCUGUUUUGAAAUCCAACCCGCCAUCACCAGGAGUCCCUACCUCUGUCUUCUUGAGCGAGGAGUAGAAAAGAGGUACUAUAUGUUUUUGUAGCAUUGUUUUUUAUUUUCAACAUUCUGUUUGUGUUUCUUGAAAUCGAUUUUGUAUGACAUGGUAACUUUUGUUGCUUUAUUUUAUUUUAUUUUCCGUU